AACUAAAGCUAAGAAAUCGAUGAAGCUAAAAGCACUCCUUUCGUCCAUAACAGCUUUGAUGUUUCUAAUCAUAGGCAGCUUUAGCUACAUUUACUAUAGAAGAAGAAUGGCAAAAAGAGCAGAUAGAAGUAAAGGUACUCAAGGGGCACAUAAAUCUCACUGGCACAAAGCUGAAGGAGAAGCAAAAGUAUUGAUGAAUGAAAACAGUGAUGAAGCGAUUGAUGUUCCAUACUUUCACUUGGAGACCAUUUUGGCUGCUACAGACAACUUCUCAAAUGCAAAUAAGCUCGGACAAGGAGGAUUUGGUCCUGUUUACAAGGGCAUCUUUCCUGGCGAAAAAGAAAUUGCAGUGAAAAGGUUAUCUAGUCAUUCAGGACAAGGCAUGGAUGAAUUUAAGAAUGAAGUGACUCUAAUUGCAAAGCUUCAACAUCGAAAUCUGGUGAGACUAUUGGGCUAUUGCAUCAAUGCAACGGAACAAAUUUUACUAUAUGAAUAUAUGCCAAAUAAAAGUUUAGAUACAUUCAUAUUUGAUGGAAAACUUUGCAAAUUAUUGGAUUGGAAGAAGCGCUAUGACAUCAUAAUGGGCAUUGGACGAGGUCUUGCUUAUCUCCACCAUGAUUCACGACUAAGGAUCAUUCAUAGAGAUUUAAAAACCAGCAACAUUUUACUAGAUGAGGAGAUGAAUCCCAAGAUUGCAGACUUUGGCUUGGCGAGGAUUGUUGAAGGAAAAAGAACAGAAGCAAAGACAAAGAAAAUAGUGGGGACCUAUGGCUAUAUGUCUCCUGAAUAUGCAUCAGAUGGUCUGUUUUCCAUCAAGUCAGAUGUAUUCAGUUUCGGAGUAGUCAUACUUGAGAUAAUCAGUGGAAGAAAGAAUACAGGAUUUUACCAAUCAGAAGAAGCAUUAAACUUGUUAGGUUAUGCAUGGAGAAUGUGGAUAGAAGAAAGGGCAAUACAAUUAACAGAGAAGUCAUUACUUGAAUCAUGCAAUAGAAGUGAAGUGAUGAAGUGUAUCAAUGUUGCACUCUUGUGCGUGCAAGAAGAUUCAAAUGAUCGUCCUAAAAUGUCAGAUGUCAUUGUAAUGUUGGUAGGAGAAGGUUUGAGUCUUCAGAGACCUAAUCGACCAGCUUUUGUUAUAAGAACACACACGUCUAGCACAUUGUCUUCUGCCUCAAAAUUCUCUAACAAUCAAGUGACAAUUACAGAAGAAGGAGGACGAUAA